AUGAAUUGUCGAAGAAUUACGCAAAUCACCUUAGUCAUAACAAAACGAAAGUUAGGAUUGGCUGGUCAUGUGAUGACUGCAAUCGGUGGACAACUGCGGCAAGGAAUUCAACUGAUCAAACCUUGGAGCACAAUUUGCCAAAGAGAGCCUACACCAAAUGAGCAAAGAACGGAUCGACUAAAGUCGAUUGAUAACAUGAUCGCAGAAAUGGGAAAAACACGCGACGUGUUGGCCAGUCAAAUCCCCAUCUGA